AUGACUACCAUAUCUCCAUUCACUAUCGCAGUCCCGGACUCUCAAAUCGACCAGCUCCACAAGAAGCUCGAGCAAGCUACUUUCUCUGAUGAAUUCGAUACUGCUGGCUGGGGCAUGGGUGUUCCACCUGCGGAGAUGAAGCGACUAGUUACCAUCUGGCGUGAGAAGUUUGACUGGCGAGCCCAGGAGAGAAAAUUGAAUGAGCAGCUCCAGCAGUAUACGGUGCCUAUCUCGGUUGACGGGUUUGGGGAACUUGAUAUCCACGUCAUUCAUCAUCGGAGCCAGAAUUCAAAUGCUAUUCCGCUGCUUUUUAUUCAUGGAUGGCCCGGUAGCUUCCUUGAAGCGACCAAGUUGAUCCCUCUACUCAUGAAAGAAGACGAAGGACCUGCAUUCGAUGUUGUUGUACCCUCAUUGCCUAACUUUGGCUUCUCACAAGGUGUAUCGAAGAAAGGAUUCGGCCUAGCCCAGUAUGCAGAAACCCUUCAUAAGGUGAUGAUCGCACUUAAGUACGAUGAAUAUGUCAUCCAAGGAGGCGAUUGGGGCAGCAUGAUUGCCCGCGCCAUGGCACAACUAUACGCCAAACACAUUCAAGCCAUACACUUGAACUUCAUCCCAGUCAUUCCACCAUACCCAUGGCGAAGCCCCCUCCGCUUCCUCCAAUCUCUCGCCAGUGUUCCAUUCUCGACCAAGGACAGAGCAUACAUCGCUCGCACAAUGGACUACCUCACUCGUGGUAAUGCCUACAUGAAGCAGCAGGAGAGUCGACCCGAGACUUUGGGAUAUGGAUUACAGGAUAGUCCGGUCGCACUAUUAGCCUGGAUCUACGACAAACUUCAUAUUUGGUCCGACAAUUAUCAAUGGACUGACGAAGAGAUUUUGACCUGGGUGAGUAUCUACUACUUCUCACGCGCGGGACCGGCAGCUUCGAUCAGGAUUUACUAUGAGGCUUCUGCGAAGAAGCCUGAGAGUACGAGCUCUACUGGGCGGCAGGAUGAUCAAGUGAAUAACUGGAUUACCCUUGAACAAGUCUUGGCUGCUCAUGCACCGCCCAAUGUACGAUUUGCCGUGGCGCAGUUCAAGGAGGAAAUCCUGAUGUGGCCCAUGGCUUGGUACCAUGCCAUUGGAAAUGUGGUCAAAGAAAAGGAAUUUGACCGCGGUGGCCAUUUUGCGGCGUGGGAGGUGCCUGAAUUGCUUGCAGGAGAUCUUAAAGAGUUCUUUGGGAGGGAUGGAGCCGCUUACGAAGCUGUUCAGGAGAAAGAUGGCUAUUGA